CUCUCUCUCUCUCUCCUCUUCGUUUAAAGACCCGCGUCGCCCUUUCGUACAUCUAUCUAUCGAGAAGCGGACGGAGGAAGGUGGUAAACACGCCUGAUCCGCGCGUUGUCCGAACGCAGCAACGAAUCUUUCCCUUUUCCUCGCGAGUUAAGUCGCCUUACGUUAACUCUGUCUCAUACGGCUGAUCACUAUGCUCAACUCGUGCUGUGCUUUUUUCUACCGUGCUCGUGCAGUAUACGCCGCGAGUGUUUUCCUAGUGCUUUAGUGUUAUACCGCGCGAUUUAUUAAUUAAGAGGGAUCGGGCCCGGCGCGCCCGUUCGCACGCUCGAACGCGGAAGUCUCGGCUGCCCAGCUAUCUGGGAAUCCUGUUCCUGAGAUGCCUGUUAGACGGGGUCACGUGGCGCCCAGAACUACUAUCAUCGAAACCAUCAUCAGGAAGUUUGAUACGCACGAUCGAAGCUUUUUAGUGGCGAACGCGCAUCAGGGACUAUGCCACAUUAUCUAUUGCUCGGACGGUUUCUGCCGGCUGACGGGCUUCUCAAGGGCCGAAGUGAUGCAGCGACCGGCGGUCUGCGACUUCCUCCAUGGACCAAUGACAUCACCGCACGCGGUUGCGGCCCUGCGAGACGCCCUUGUCGCUGGCGUCGAAAAGCACUUCGAGAUCCUUUACUACAGGAAGGACGGAACCAAGUUCCUCUGCAGCGAGGUGAUAGCGCUAAUAAGGAGCGAGGUGGACGACAUUUGCCUGCAAAUCAUAAACUUCGAGGAUCUGAGCUCACAGCCGCCACCGCAGCCCCCGAUCCCGCCGCCGAGUCAGGCCAACAACAGACUCGCGACACGCUUCGACAGGGCAAGGGCGUCCUUCCGAGCUGGCCUCUCGAGAACCGGUGUCGUUGGUCCGCCGAGGGUCCGGAAUCGACCGCGCACGACGUCUAAUUUGCCUCACCGACUCGCUGACGGGACCAUCCUCGACGAGGACGCUUCUGAGAACUGCCCGUUAACAUGUGGCUCGCCCACAAUGAUGGAAUCUUGGGGCCCUGGGAGGACCGGCACACCCCCGCCGGGUCUACCGCCGCCGCCGUUGGGCGGCAGCAACAACAACGGUGGCGCAACAACGUCGACGAUUACCCCGAGUAUCAUACCACAGCCCGGCACCACCGCUCCCAUCGCGAGUCCCGAGGGAGUGAGCGAUGUCUCGCAAAAGUCUGGGCUCUGGGAGGGCGGGAACUCGUCCUCGGGUGGUGCCGCGGAGGGUCCUUCACGGAGUGUCUCUCACGCGGCGAGUCUGGACGCUAUCUCGAAGCGGACGGUGAAACCGGAAACGACGAGAGCACCUUGUCGCAGUCUCACCUGCAGUGUUUCGGGCCGAGGGAGCGAACACGUCACCCUCGAGCGACGACCAGCGACAGUCGAUAAUCUGGCCGAAGCCGCAAAACAUUCGAAAAUCUUUCCUGGCGUCGCUUCCGAAAGCGAUUUGCAGAAAUGGCGGACGUCCAGGGACAGGAAGUCGCCGUCUCUGAGUCAGAUGGGACCGGACUCCAUCAAACACAAAUUUUCCUUACAAGACAAUGGGUCUGCGAAGUAUUUUCAAGGAGCAAUGCACACACCAAACAUGGGAGAAAAAGUUGCACAGGUGUUGUCCCUCGGAGCAGACGUCCUCCCAGAGUACAAAUUACAGUCCCCCAGAAUACACAAGUGGACCAUACUACACUACUCGCCGUUCAAGGCGGUCUGGGAUUGGAUUAUAUUGCUGCUCGUGAUGUACACCGCCAUAUUCACGCCGUACGUCGCCGCAUUUGUUCUAUCGGAUCCGGAUUACAACAACAGAAAGAACAAGAAGUACAGUGACGAUCCCAUCGUUAUUAUAGACUUCAUAGUCGACGUCACAUUCAUCGUGGACAUCAUUAUAAAUUUUCGCACGACGUUCGUCAACAGCAACGAUGAGGUGGUCUCCCAUCCCGGAAAGAUAGCCGUCCAUUACCUGAAGGGUUGGUUCAUCAUCGACCUGGUAGCUGCCAUUCCCUUCGACCUCCUACUCGUCGGCUCGGACACCGGCUCGGACGAGCUCGGCUUGGACAAGGACGAGACGACGACCUUGAUCGGACUUUUGAAGACGGCCCGUCUGCUGCGUCUUGUCAGGGUGGCCAGAAAGAUCGACAGAUACAGCGAAUAUGGCGCUGCCGUUUUGUUACUUUUAAUGGCCACUUUUGCCCUUAUUGCUCAUUGGAUGGCGUGUAUAUGGUACGCCAUAGGAAACGCCGAGAGACCGACCCUGAAGAGCAAGGUUGGUUGGCUCGACAUUUUAGCCAACGACACGCAUCAGUUUUACUUUCACAAUAACACCGGUGGGCCAAGCAUAAAAAGUCGUUAUAUCACGGCGCUUUAUUUCACCUUCAGCAGCCUCACGUCCGUAGGCUUCGGGAACGUAGCACCCAAUACCGACGCUGAAAAAAUCUUUACAAUAAUCGUCAUGCUGAUUGGAUCCCUGAUGUACGCCAGUAUCUUCGGUAACGUAUCGGCGAUCAUCCAGAGGCUAUACAGCGGCACCGCUCGAUAUCACACGCAGAUGCUCAGAGUCAGGGAAUUCAUAAGGUUCCACCAGAUCCCGAAUCCGCUCCGCCAGCGAUUGGAGGAAUACUUUCAACACGCGUGGACCUACACGAACGGGAUAGAUAUGAACAGCGUUUUAAAAGGGUUCCCCGAGUGCCUUCAGGCCGACAUCUGUCUUCAUCUCAAUAGGAAUCUUCUAAACAAUUGCCGAGCCUUCGAGGGGGCCAGUCCAGGCUGUUUAAGGGCAUUAUCCUUAAAAUUUAAGACCACGCAUGCGCCUCCGGGUGACACUUUAGUCCAUCGAGGGGACGUGCUGACUUCCCUGUAUUUUAUAUCCCGCGGGAGUAUCGAGAUCCUGAAGGAUGAUAUCGUAAUGGCUAUUUUGGGCAAGGACGACAUAUUCGGCGAGAAUCCGUGCAUUUAUUCGACCGUCGGAAAAUCGUCUUGUAACGUUCGCGCCCUUACGUAUUGCGACCUUCACAAGAUCCAUCGGGACGACCUGCUCGACGUCUUGGCACUUUAUCCAGAAUUCUCCAACCACUUCAGCCAGAAUCUCGAGAUCACUUUUAACAUGCGAGACGAAGAGCAGGCUGGUGUCGAUCCAAUAUCAGCAAGGUUUCCUGUCAGUACUCCUACCGACGUCGACAUCGACGCUAGGAGGUUCGCUUUCCGUCCACCAAGAUACCGUCGAGGACCCGGUGGUGGUCCUGGCACAAAUCUUAUUCCUACAGGUCGACAAGACUCCUUGCAGGACGACCAAGAUGACUACGAGAAAGGUAGCGGUCAUGGUAUCUUAGAGUUCAGCACGGACAAGGCCGGUCAAGACGUGACACCGUUAAAUUUGGAAUUCGAUGAGCCCAAACAGAGAAGCUCGACCUUAAACUCGAUAACCGGCAUGCUAACCCAUCUCAAGCGCAGCAUACCGGAUCUACGUCAACACAAGAUUCACCUGCAGCCGCUUACCAGUCACGAUUACCUCGCGAAACAAAUGACCACGCCGCUGACGAAACCAGCGCGCCGGAGUUCCGCCGCUGGCGAGAGUAGCCUCAGUCAAAACGUCGUUCAUCCCACUUCGACAACGUCAAGCCACUACACCACACCAUCGCCCCCGCAGCAUCCUCAUUCCCAUGGUGACUUUCAGAGCGGCCCGGGUCGACCGGUGGAGGAGAUCAAUGCCAGGAUCGAUCAGCUGUCGCGACAAGUGACCUCGUUGGAGCACUCGAUGGCCGGCGACAUCAGAUUAAUCCUGAGCUUACUCCAGCAGACGCUCAAUUCGUCGAAGGAGAGCUCCAGCAUCGAGAUGAUGCCGGGGACCGCGCCAGCCGGCACGAAGCAGAGCAGCCGUGCGCCCGCGUUGGUCCAGAGAUCGGCGAGCGAGCCGCAGCCACCGACGAUCCCGACGGGCAACGGAAACGGGAAGAUUCAGCCCAGCACCUCGCACGGUUUGUUCAGCCUUCUUUCGAAAUCCCUGGAUCAGUUGCAUUUGAUUUCGGCGUCUUUUAUUUUGGAAAAGUUGGACAAGUUCCGAAGACCCCCCAUGAGGGAUCCGACCACGUCGUCGGGAACGUCGCGGCUGACCGUCACGUCGGACACGUCCGCGCUCGCAACGGCGUUACAGACGGCGCUGAACAGCCGCACCGGGCCCACGAGGUCACAGAGUCAGCCGGUUGACCUGGCGGUGCCGACUACCACGCAGCAACAAGUCCAUCAGGCCCACGCCUGGCACAGCCAGCCCGCUGCCUUCAGGAGAGGCGAAUACCGGAGCGGCGUGCCUUGCGGUAGAUACAGCUCGUUCAACAAACGCUCGGAGCCGGAGGGUGAAGAUCCCUGGAGCUGCGUGGUGCCGGAGGAUCGGAGCGGCGCUCAACGUCCACGUAGCGGGGACUCGCGUAAGGACUCGCUGAAUCAUCGCGGCGGUAGCGGUACGGAAUCCACCUCGGGGCAACGGCCGGAGAGCAGACUUGAGGGUGGUGCCAGAGGACAGGCGAGCGGACCCAGGCAACAGGACUCCUCGAGACAGACCAGCGAGGACAUGUCGUGGGAGUUCACGAUAAACGAGGCGCCGAUCGCGAGGCUCGAGUCGUUAGACGAGCUCGAUCAGGACCACGGUAGUUAAGGGAAAAACGCGCACGGGGCGUGGACAUCACCGCGAGGAUCCGCUUGUCCCGACCGACGUGACGUGGAAAGCAACGCGCGAGAGCGACGGGAGAGCGCGACCGAGGCCGUUCGACACCUACGUAGAAAAUGUUGUUCUCGAUCCGAUCAAUAUCAUAGCCAUGGCUCGAAAUCAAAUCUCUCGGUUACAAAGAAUCAACUUAGGGGCGCGUACCGUUGAAGGGAGUAUCGAGGUCCAAAGACACAAACUUGGUCAAAGUCUUGCUAAUCCACGUAUAUCAAGAUUGAAGGAAUUAAGGAGCGACAGGUGAGUUGAGAUAUGAUAAAAGUAUACGUCGAAAUAAUUUUUUUAAACUCCUUAUCCGGGUUACAAUGGCAAGGGUGUUAAAUACUUGUGUUAAUAAUUCUGGAAAUAUAUGAGUUACGAGGACAAUCUAACACAGAAGAAGUUUCGUAAAGUUGCAUAGUUAAGUAUUAACUCGAAAAAGAAAUGGAUAUUUUUUUUAAACUCUGACAUAAAAAGAUAUGCUUCCUCCAAUCGCACACGCCCUAAAAGGGAGCGACCUGUGAGCGCGGAGAUCACUCUUAUUCCGCUAAUUCGAUAAAAUAAUCGCUUGUUAAAAAGUCGCCAGUUGCAGUUUAGGCUCUUCGAACGUACGGCUUCGGAUCGAGCGUUCGUCUCUUCCGAGUUCCCGUCAUUGCGGUUCAAACAAUCUGACAUUCGUUCCUUCAAAUCGAUUUUUUACGCGUCGAAGAGCAGCAAACGAAAACAAGUGUACCGCAUCUCGCCAAUUAGACGCCAAUUAUUUUAUUCACUGGAUCGCAAAUAAUUAUUUGUAUAUAUUUACAUAUUAAGGGACACACCUUACGCGCUGUAUAUCAUAAGAGGGACACGAUAGAAACGAAAGAAGCGCAUUGAAAGUACAUAACACGUCGCGCAAUGGAAUUGCAGAAGAAAUCUUGGACGAUGGUCGCGAAAAGUCGAGGACAAAAUCGCAAACGAAAUGCCUCGUCCUGAGAUCGGGUUGCCGAAGAAGAAAUAUGUAAUUCACGAAGUUGUUCACUCAUUACGUAAAUAUUCCUACGGCAAAUGCACGGAAAACUGACGUUACAAUCGCGUCGAGGAAAACGUUCAUUUUUGUUGAUUUAUCGUACGAAUAUUUGUAAUCUCGGCGUUAAGUGAAGCGGAAGUGCGAGAGACUUUACAAUCGAUUUGUUCACCGCAGAGUUUUACUUUAAAAACUUCUCGAGCGUGGACAGUUCCGAUUUCUAGCGGAUUAAUUAAGACGACUGUGAGAGCAUCCUCUUUUUUAUUCUUGCUUAUAGAUGACGUUAGAUCACACUAUUGCGGUAACUUACGGUACUUACGGGGAAAAAACUUUCGCGCUAUUACCACGUAGCAAUCUAAACAGGAACAUGAAGAAACUAUUUUUCUCGGUUCAGCCGCCGUAUAAAGUAGUCAUGUCCUUUUCAUACGAACAAAAUGCGACAGCGAAAGUGUGUCGCGCUGGCGACAUUAGGCAAUUAUCCAAGUUCGUAUUCUUAUGAUUGUUAUUAUUGUAAUUAUUAUUAUUACUAUUAUUAGUAUUAUUAGUACUCUUGUUACGAUUAUUAUUAUUAUCGUUAUUACUAUUGUAUAACAGUGGAAGAAACGCAAACGCGACGAGAAGGAAACGAAGAAAAUAACACCGACGACAUAAUGCCUACGCAAUAAUAUAUACUUCUACAUAUACAGAAAAGAAGAUAGAUGUAUAUAUAUACAUACAUAUAUAUAUACAUAUUCUAUAAAUUUUUUACGAAGCAUUUCAAGUCGCUACUGCUCCUAAACGCGUAUAAACGUCGAUCUCUCUUUCUUUCUUUCUCCCUUUUCGUUUCUCGUCCUCUCGCGACUCUAUUUCCGCCAUUAGCGUCGCGAAUCGAUUAAAAGGGCCAGAAAACAGCGCUCUACUAUCCUGAGACGCUUACUGUGGCCGCGCGAGACUUUACAUUGGAUUUUUACAUUAUGUAUUCGGUAAGAAGAAAAAGGAGGAGAGAGAGGGAGAGAGGAAUCGAAUUCACGGGAAUGGCGCUUCGAGAUCGUUCAUGGAUCACCGACCGCUGAUGUAUUCGUUCUUUGCUCAGUAUUCUAGGCUGUAACCAAUACCGAGUACUUUCGAUGUAACGAUUGAACACACACGACUCGUAGGUAAUUCUCUGCGACGAAACAAUAGCGCAGCGGCGCAGCGCUAAAAGGGGGGGAAACGCAGCUUUUCAAUUUUGCAGGUAGCGGUUUUUUGAUCGUUAAAUCAGUAGUACACAGACACACACACACACAUUACACACAUUACACUCACUCACACACACACACAUACAACGUAGCACACGUGGAUUCUCGCACCUAGGUACACGGCAGGAGUUGUACGUACGGUUCCUUUUUAGAAAAAGGAAGAGAGUUCGGCGUGGUCCGGGCCGAGGGCGGCCACGUUCGCGCAAAUCUCGUCUCGAAUCACUGAAAGUGUACCGUGUGACGAAAAUGUUCGUCGCCGACCGUGUCUCCUCGGGGUUUCGCACCAAAAGAAAUUGUUCUUAACGUAAACGGGCUGGUUCUCCGAAUAUUGGACGCGCAGUCGUUAGAAAGAUACAAUGUUCCUUGACUGGAAUGACAUUCUCUUCUCUCUGUUCUUUCGUCACCAUUUGCCGAAUGCUGUUACCAAUAACGUAGGGCUUUUAUCUAUUCAUUUUACUGAUUGUAGCAAUAAAUAUCCACAACUUGUCUCGUUUUCUAACUUCAAUUGUAAACUGGGGCUGUAGCUCUUAACUAAAUAAAUAUGAUUACUAUUUUUAUCGUCGGAAAGAUACGCGUAGAAACAGUCUUCGUAAUAUUAUCUUAUCCAUUAGAUCCUAAAUAAUAAUAUCAAAUAAUUGCGGCAAAUCAAGAAAAUAUUCGUGCAUUUUGUUUACCUUUGCUUAAGUCUCUUCUUCUAACAUAGAAUUACAUAUGAAAGAUAUUCAAGAUCACCUUUUUUUUAAGAUAUUUUCAGGUGAAAUCAGUAACCGCUGAAUUCAGGACACGUAAAAUAACUUCAUACAACUUUGUAUCAAUUUUCUUCCCUUGGGAAAUAACGUGAGAAUGAGAGAAUGAAGCUCGUGUGAAAAGCUGAGAGACCUCAGCUGGCCAGACGUAGCCGCCCUCGACCGCGCAGACAGACGCAGCUGGCGAAGAGCACGCGCAAAACGGGUGGAUGCGUGAUCAAGUCAUCUCCCUUGCGUCGAAAUUGCGAGUCGCACUCGGGCGACACCGAUUUCAUCGCGAACUUUACGACAACGACGACUCCGACUUCUCUCGCGAGCAAGCGGUUUACGAGUAGACGCUACAUUUAAAAGGUAUUUUAAACACGUUACAUUUUUCGUGGGAAAACGUACGUAACAUUUUAUACAUAGUGUCUGCGCCCAAAUAUAAAUUCAUGCUGUGCAAGCCGAGUCCGUCGCUCUUUCAAACCCGAAGCAGGGGACCAGCGAGAAAGGACGUUCCGAGGGAAAAAGUGAAUGAUUAAAAAGUCGCCAUAGUGGAACUCUGUCUUUCCUAAGGUCCCACGGGGGAAACUGACGUCCUGGAAAUAUCAUGGUCUUGAGAAACAUCCCGCUUUCGUCAUUAAUAUUCCGGUAGCUAGGUAGAAAGAGAAACCAAAGAGAGUUCGAAAUUAUUUUGACACCUCGACGAAAGCGAACGCGUGGCCGUUUUUUUCGCAUGCCGCUAGUUUUUGCCAGCGCGACGAAUAGUGGACGAAUGACGAAUGCAAUCGAAGAGUUCGGUUCUAAUUAUGUCGACUUCUUAACCGUCGCUACGCCAAACGCGACAAUUGGCACGAUCCACUCGCGACCGUGUUUCCUUCCUACAAUUCCGAGGAGCACCGAUAUCGCGGGCAGCCCUUCGGCGAUUUCGUAAGCCCAUCGUCGAGAAAGGAUCGCCCGAGAUCCUUCCAUCGGAGUUCUCGCGACUUCGCCUGGCGCAUACUUUCGUCCUUCGUCUUUCGACUAUUGAGUGGCUACGCACGAAUAAUAUGUAUCAUCGAGUACCUUGAACCCUCAGAUUCUCAAUCUCUAUCGUCUACUCGCCGAUGAAAUUAAAAUCCUGCGAUCUCUCAUCGAAGCCGCCUCUCGCUUUUUUCCCUACCGCGAUUGGUUCACUCGCGCGUGUGCGGAUGUCAUUUUGGACUCUUCAAUUCCAGCGUCGAGACGCGCGUCCCAUGCGAAAGACGGGCGUUUAACGACGCUCGAAAUGUGGAGUGUGAGAACAGCGGGCGGAAAGGUAGAAGGUCCCAAUCGCGGUAGAUGGAUCUAAUCACGCGUUCUUUAUCCAGAUUCAGCGAUUUAAGAGAUUGUUCUGUAUAUAAUAUAUGAUAUAAUCUUGGAUUGUACGUCGAGCGCACUGAUUUGUAACACUUGUAACAUGGAGAUUAGUUCGAAAGUGAACG